AUGGGUGUUGCUCAGAGUGCAAUUAACCGAGGUUUUAUUUCGGAGAGUGAUGCUGCUAAAAUGUCUGAACAGAGCUACUUUUCAGAACGCCAGAUCUUUGUUUUAGCCCAAAUUUUCAGGAAUUUGACAAAAGAAUCCCAAAUUAAUGCGGAAACCUUUGCCAAAAACAUGAAAAUUAGUAAUAAGAGUAUUGGAGAAAUCCUCUACAAGAUUAUUGAUGAUGAUGGGAGCGGUGACAUCGAUUUCACUGAAUUUGUCGAGGGUCUGAACAAAUUCCAUCCCAAUGCACCUUUUGAUGAAAAGGUCAAGCUUUGCUUCCGGGCUUAUGAUAGCGAUGGCAGUGGUGCAGUUUCAAAAGAAGAAAUUACAGAUGUCAUUAAGCUUUCUAUCGAAGGUAGUAGCCUAAUUGAACUUGAAGAUGCUCAAAUUAAUCUUCUUGUUGAUCAAUUAAUCAACACUUAUGAUAAUUCAGGAAGUGGUGAACUUAAUUACAAAGAAUUCUAUCAAAUGGUAUCCUCAGCUCCCGGUGUGAUAGAGUGCUUUGAUAUUAAUCUUGAUGUUUUGUUUGGUUGA